GGAUAUCCCUGGUUCCAGGGGGAAAACGGGGGAAAACGCAUCGGCUCGGUCAGCGUUUGCUCGCAAACCCGUCAUCUCGAAGUAAAAACCUAAGGAGCGUACUGAGUUCAGUCAUAAAGUUGCAAGUUCAAGACGACUUCUUCUCACCAGGCCAGUUUGGGUAGGGGAUGUGCGGACUUCUCGGAGCAGUGCGCGACCGACGCUGGCUAGUGGAUCUUUAAAUGGCUCAGGACCUUCCAAAGCAGGUACAAGAGCCCGUGGCACCUCAGCCAACUCAAGAGCAACACCGAAACGAGUCCACGGUCGGGCUGGUUGUGGACGCAGCUGCUUCACCUCCAAAGCCAGAGCAAAAGCAGGGUGAAAGUAAUACCACCAAGGUCACUACCUCUAAGACGGCCAGCACACUGUCACUGGGCAAAUCGACCGACAACGUCGAACGGAAGUCGCCGCAGCCUGCGCUAGUUCCAUCUGCGCCGGGCAACAGCUUGCCCACGUCCAUCAUGAGUGCCGCAGCUUCGUUAACGGGUGCACAAGGCACGGUGCUUGCGGAACGUUCGCCAUCGACGAGUGCAGCGCCCGCCCUCGCGACAACGCUCGCACCAGGAGCCUCGCCUUCUAAUAGCAACGCAGCGCCGAGCAUGCUUGCAAACAUUGCAGCGCUGGCGCCGCAAGCGCUUACAAGCGCUCCUGGGGAACAAGCGACACCGCCAACUGCCGCCCACUCUGUUGAUAAGGCUCCCGCCACCGUCGCGGCUGCCCAAGGCGCCGCAAUGUCUGCGACAAGCAAGACUGCAGCCGCAGCGCAGGCCGCUGCUGGCUCUGCCGCAGAGAAGGCAGGUGCCGCGGCGUCCGCGGCGCAGUCUACGGCCGCAGCUGCGGUGGAGAAGGCCAGCGGAGCGGCAACGGCAGCGCAGACCGCUGCUGGCACUGCCGCAGAGAAGGCAGGAGCUGCGGCGUCCGCGGCGCAGUCUACGGCCGCAUCUGCGGUGGAGAAGGCCAGCGGAGCGGCAACGGCAGCGCAGGCCGCUGCUGGCUCUGCCGCGGAGAAGGCAGGAGCUGCGGCGUCCGCGGCGCAGUCUACGGCCGCAUCUGCGGUGGAGAAGGCCAGCGGAGCGGCAACGGCAGCGCAGGCCGCUGCUGGCUCUGCCGCAGAGAAGGCAGGAGCUGCGGCGUCCGCGGCGCAGUCUACGGCCGCAUCUGCGGUGGAGAAGGCCAGCGGAGCGGCAACGGCAGCGCAGGCCGCUGCUGGCUCUGCCGCAGAGAAGGCAGGAGCUGCGGCGUCCGCGGUGCAGUCUACAGCCGCAUCUGCGGUGGAGAAGGCCAGCGGAGCGGCAACGGCAGCGCAGGCCGCUGCUGGCUCUGCCGCAGAGAAGGCAGGAGCUGCGGCGUCUGCGGCGCAGUCUACGGCCGCAUCUGCGGUGGAGAAGGCCAGUGGAGCGGCAACGGCAGCGCAGGCCGCUGCUGGCACUGCCGCGGAGAAGGCAGGAGCUGCGGCGUCCGCGGCGCAGUCUUCGGCCGCAGCUGCGGUGGAGAAGGCCAGCGGAGCGGCCACGGCAGCGCAGACCGCUGCUGGCACUGCCGCAGAGAAGGCAGGAGCUGCGGCGUCCGCGGCGCAGUCUUCGGCCGCAGCUGCGGUGGAGAAGGCCAGCGGAGCGGCAACGGCAGCGCAGGCCGCUGCUGGCACUGCCGCAGAGAAGGCAGGAGCUGCGGCGUCCGCGGCGCAGUCUACGGCCGCAUCUGCGGUGGAGAAGGCCAGCGGAGCGGCCACGGCAGCGCAGGCCGCUGCUGGCACUGCCGCAGAGAAGGCAGGAGCUGCGGCGUCCGCGGCGCAGUCUACGGCCGCAUCUGCGGUGGAGAAGGCCAGCGGAGCGGCCACGGCAGCGCAGGCCGCUGCUGGCACUGCCGCAGAGAAGGCAGGAGCUGCGGCGUCUGCGGCGCAGUCUACGGCCGCAUCUGCGGUGGAGAAGGCUGGCUCGCUGACGCAGAGGGCGGGUUUUGCGAUUGCUGGGACAUCGCCGGGCAACGGUGCUGCGGUGCAGGCCGCAGCACCCCUUGCGGCAGUCAAGCCCGCUGAAGCCACUGCGGCGGCUACCUCCCCUUCUAUGGCGCCUGCUACUUCGGCCAGCCCAGCGGCACCGGCUACAUUGAGCACAUUUGCAGGCCGGGCUGAGUCUGCCAUCUCGGCGGUGCCGGCCGCCGCUGCGUCAGCUGCAAGCCAGACGGGCGCAGCGGCGAGUGCCUUGGCGGGAAGGGCCGCUUCCGCCGUUACGGCGGCGCCGGCAGCAUCAGCCAACCCCGUCCCGGCCAUCUCUACUACCGAGAUCACCGCGACCGCAGGCACGCCCACGCCUGCGGCUGCCAGCACUGCGGCCGCUCCCGCUGUGGCCAGUGGUCCCUCUGUGCUUGCACCGCCUGUGCCGCCCAGCUCCGCCACCAACACGGCCGCGGCCGCGGCGCCUGCGGCUGGCAGUGCCACGGACCGGCUGAAGGAGCAGAUCAUGAAGGAGGCGCCCAAGAUCGCGGCGGACGCGGCCAAGCAGGCGGGCAAGGCCUACGUGGAGGCCGGCAAGGAGGCGGGCGGCACGCUCAAGCUGCUGAUGGGGCUGCGCGAGAAGGAGGGGCCGCCCAUCACGCUGACGGUGGACCAGCUAGCGACGGCGGCCUUCCUGGUGUUGGCGGCGCUGCCGCUGCUGGCGCUACCGCUGUUCAUGCCGCCCAUGCUGCGCCUGUUGUAUAGCCUGUCGUGGGGUCUGCUCAUCGGCCUGGGCCUGAGCUACCUGUACUACACCAACGCCCGCGCCAAGAAGGAGACCAAUGAGCUGCUGGGCAUCAACCUGGGCCUGAAGGGUCUGCAGCAGGUGGUGGGCAGCCUGCCGUCCACGUUCUCGGUGUCAGACUCGGAGAAGAUGGAGUGGCUCAACGCGCUGGUGGAAGAGAUCUGGCCCUUCCUGGACAAGGCCAUAUGCAACAUGAUCAAGGCGGAGGUGGAGAAGGCCAUGCCCGGCAUUCUCAAGUCGCUGCCGGGGCCCAUGAAUGGCAUCAUCAGCUCCAUCGGCUUCCAGCACCUCACCUUUGGCGGCGCGCCGUUCCGCGUCGAGGGCAUCUGGGUCGACCCAGAUGAGAAGAAGUCCCUGGUGUUGGAGGUUUCCAUCAAGUGGUGCGGAGACCCCAACAUCACUCUGGCAAUCGCGACAACCGCGCUGGGCACGGCUUGCCCGCGUGUGCUGGACAUUUCGCUUGUGGCAAGCAUGCGCAUCAAGCUGUCACCGCUGGUGGACCGCAUCCCCGGCUUUGUGGCGGCCAUGGUGACCAUGCCGCGCGCCCCGAUGAUCAAGUACCGCCUGGACUUCGGCAAGGCGCUGGGCGGUGCCGCGCUGCCUGCCGCUGUCACGCCCGUCAUCAAUUACUUCCUGAAGGAAAUCAUUUCGGGCAUGCUGGUCUGGCCGCAGCGCCUGGUGGUGCCCAUCCUGCAGGAGUCGCAAGAGGACUUCUUCAGUGCGCAGCUGCUGAUGCGGCGCAACUGCGGCCUGCUGCGCGUGUGCGUGGUCAAGUGCACCGACAUCGCCAAGUCGGACGCGGGCGUCAACGACAUCAGCAUCGAGUGCAGCACCGAGGGCUUGAACUACGAGGCCACCAGCGUCUGCCCGGCCGGCAUCCGCGACCCCAACCACCACAGCAAGCUCAUCCCCGUGAACUGGGUCAAGUGGUGCGAGUAUUUGUACCUGCUGGUCCAGGAGCCGCGCAACCAAGUGAUGCGGCUGCAGGCGGCUGACUACCCGCGCGCCACCACCAAGGCUGACGCCAGCGCCAAGGCGCGCAAGGACAUCAUCGGCCGCGCGCUGGUCAAGUUGAGCACUGUGACCAAGGCGGCAGAGGAGGCGGACCCGGCGCUGGCGGAGGAGGAGGCGGAGAUCCCCAUAAAAGUCAACCUGGGCAUGAACGACUGGGGCUACCCCGGCGGCCCGGGCAAGGGCGCGGGCAAGGUGCGGCUCAACAUGCGCUACUUCCCCUUCGAGCAGCUCACGGCCGAGCACAUGAAAACCGCCGGGGAGGCGAUCGUGACCUGCCGGCUGCUCAAGAUCCGCGGCAUCACGCCCGCCGGCCCCGCGCUCACUGCCACGUGCGGCAUCAUCACUACGGAGGAGAAGGCCAAGGGCAUGAACAGCCGCAAGACCUACACGCAGACCUGGACCGCGGCGCGCUGGGAGGCGCGGCUGAAGUUCCGCAUCAAGCUGGUGGAGCAGGCGCUGGACGCCAUGGGCGAUGAGGACUCGGGUGACGAAGACGGCGACGCCGACCCGUCGGUGCCCAGCAGCCGCAAGGCCUCCAUCGCCAACCUGGCGGCCGCCGGCCCCACGGAGCCCGCCACGCCCAUCAAGGCGGGCGCGCCGCCCAAGGUGGCCAAGGCGGCCAAGCCGGGCGCGCUCAAGGACAAGAAGAAGGCGCUGAGGCGCAGGAAGCAGGAGGAGCUGGCGCGGCUGCAGCGGGAGCUGGCGGCGGGGCCGGUCACGGAGCUGGACUACACGCUGGACGCGAGCAACCUGCACGCCAUGCACCACGUGAAGCCCACCUUCACCAACAAGGACGGCAAGGAGGAGGACAAUUGCGUGGUGGUGAGCGUCAAGGACAACAAGAAGCAGAUGCUCGCCCACUGCUCCGUGCCGGUCAAGCUCAUCCGCGACUCCACGGGAAUCAACCCCGUCACAGGCAAGCUGGAGCACGGCUCCUUCGUGCAGGCGUGGGACAACAACGUGCCGGGCAAGCCGGGCGAGCGCAUUGACGACGAGAUGCAAUGGGGCGUAAAGAUGGAGGGCAACUCGGAGCGCAUCCGGCUGUGGGCCAUCUUCCGCUACGUGCCCUACAUCCCAGGCCCGGCACUCGACCGGGAGGCCGCGGACGCGGAGGAGCUCGACAACUUCCACAACCCGCCUAAGACCGCCGGGGAGGAGGUGACGCAGGCGUUGGAGAACGCGGGCGAGAAGGUGGUGGCCGACAUCAAGCAGGUCGUGGAGAAGGUGGAGGCAGGGCUGGGCAUCACCGGCAGCAACCCAGGCGGAGACGCCAACGGCACCCAGCUGAAAGACCUCACGCCCUGAUGCACGCUUCUCCUGAGAGCUGGAGGGUACGUGGAUUCGGAAGGAGAAGGCUCGUGUGAUGCGAUGGUUGAUAGCCUCGGGUGUGGCUGCGUGUCAUGAGUUGCAUGCCGGACAGGGGAGCUGGGUGAUGGUGGUGGUCUAGGAGUAUUGUGGGGAUGUGAUGUGGUGCAAGCUAGUGGGGUGGGGUUACGGGGAGGUUGUGGGGAUGUGAAGUCUUUCUUAAGGAAUGCUUUUGAGUAUGGAGAACGCCCUUUGGCUUACGCGGUUCGUAAUGCAUCGUCUCGCAGUGACCGCAUGCUCUGCAUCGUGAUGUUGGUGGCGUACCAUGGCAUGCCGAGGUGGAGGACACGUCCAGCCAGGGGUGAUACUAAUAAGAUACGGUACAUCACGUGGGGUGGGAGCCGUGGGUGGGAGCCCACGUGGGUCGGUCUGUAUUAAGAAAUGUGCAAAGUUUUGGGGACCAGUGGGAACUCGGGCACGGCGGCAGGAUGUUUGGUCGUUUGGACACCGCUUGAGGCCGUGAGGGACACGGGGUGUGAUGCCGUGGGGCGCUUGAAUAAACAUGUAAUCAAGAUUUGUU